GUUUUCUUUUUUUCAUUCCAACCCAUCUUAUUCUCAUCUGCUCGUCUACAUUGACUGCAUGUCGUCGCAGCUAUCAGCGAAUUACUUUCAGUAUAACCAAUCCGAAGACUAUAUUCAGCAGCUGGCCGGUAACUCUCCCCUUUACUCGCCUUUGCCCACCUGUGGCGACGAUGGUUUAGCCCUUAUGUUACCAGACUCUUACCGAACAGCAAAGUCUUCUCCCUACCUUGUCAAUCUGUUCACUACUCAUGACAUGUCUUCCUAUCUUGCCCAUGUCUCUUUUACAGAUGACAUAUUCGGUUUGCCCAUGCAACUUCAAAAGCUCUUGAACGAGGCCAAAGAAGAGCAAACGUACUUGUCAUUCUGUAUACUUCCCUUUUUUUGUUUCUCUCUUUUGCUUCUUUGUCUUUCGACGAAAAGUACUCCAAUAUCGUACUUUUUGUUUUUUAUUUUUUUUUGUUUGGUUGAAUCAAACACGUCUUCGUACGUCCACACACCUGACAGUCAUUGGUUCAGUCCUGAUAUGGUAAACCCUUGCUGGAGAUUAUGUUCAUUGUCAUUAUCCAUUUGCAUUUUUUUUUUAUAGCUUUCAACCAAACAUCUAGUCCUAAUAAAAAGAAUGAACAUA